AUGGUGAGUAUUGACUUUGGUUACUAUGGCGAGAACAUUGCCACAUACUCAAACGAUGAUGAGUUCAUGCAGUUAAGAAAUGUAGAAGAGAUGUGUCUUAUUAUGAAGAAUGCUCAUUUAUCAAUUUCUGAAUUUAAUGAUGUAUUUGGAAGAUUCAAGAGUCAUUUCACUCCAAAAGAAUUGUUUGAAAUAUUACAUAAUACUAGUAUCAACAUUGAUAGUAUUUCUGAUUCAUUAAUAUUAAUUAAUUCACUUUCAAGCAUCUUAGACACAAGAAUUUUUUCUGAUAUCGGAAACUCUAUCAGAUCGUACAUUAACACCGCCGAAAAAGCACUAUCAGAAUCAAAGUUGUUAAGUUCCUUGAAGAAAUGUUCUAAUUAUGAUAGUUUGGAUAAUCUAAAUCAAAUAUAUCAUAUAAUGUCUGCAGCAGCUCAAGAAAGAGAUAAUGAAACCAUCAAAUAUGCAAUUCAAAAUGGAUAUGCAGAUGUAAAAGGUGAUAUUAUCCUUAGUAAUACAGAAAUCAUUAGUAAUGCAGAAAGCAAUUAUAGUUUCCUUCAAUCAAACGUUUUGAUUAAGGCUGCCUUAGAAGGUGAGUUGGAACUGGUGAAAUCUUUGGAAGAGAAAGGUGCAAAUAUGGGAUACAGGACAUCACAUGGAGAAACUUUUCCACAUGCGUUUUGCAUCAAUGGAAAUGUCGAAGGUGUGAAAUUUGCCUUAAAUUUCAUUGAUGUUAAUGAUGUUAAUAAUUCUAAUGAAACACCAUUAUAUUGUUCAAUAUGGGCUUACCAACUAAAUGCAAUUCAAUAUCUGCUUGUUAACCACAGCUCAUGUAUAGAAAAAUUAAAAUCUGCGGAUGGUACAAUAAUUGAUGAAUUUUUUAGAAGAAGUGUUGAUAUUCAUGAAUUGUCUCGCUCAUUGGUUGGUAUAGCAUUAAAAUCACCAAAAUUUAACAUUGGAAAGUACGUCAAACCUUUCAUGGAUUAUAUGUCCAAAAAAAUUAAUGAAUAA